GCAUACCUUGCGGUUCCCCCUCGCACUGCCGUCUGUAACAGAGAUGGCUUGUUUGACAGACACUUUAACUCAUCUCAUCAGUUUAAACUCGUUGCAGCAGCUUUUUGUGUCACUAUGUGACUUCUGAGAACAACACAACUCUGUAAAAGGUCUUACAGGAGUUAUGAACAACUAUGAGGUCAUCCGUCAAAUUGGAGAGGGUGCGUUUGGUAAAGCCUUCCUGGUUCGAGACAAAGGUGGAGGUGGAGACAGACAGUCUGUGGUCAAACAGAUCAACCUCAGAAAGAUGUCAGCGAAGGAAAAGGAAGCGUCCAACAAAGAAGUGACGCUGCUGUCGAAGAUGAAACACCCGAACAUCGUCGCCUUCAUCAGCUCAUUUCAAGAGAAAGGCAGCCUGUAUAUAGUGAUGGAGUACUGUGACGGAGGAGAUCUGAUGAAGAAGGUCAACAUGCAGAGAGGAAUCUUCUUCAAAGAGGAGCAGGUUGUGGACUGGUUCGUUCAGAUCUGCCUCGGCCUCAAACACAUCCACGACAGGAAGAUCCUCCACAGAGACAUCAAAGCUCAGAAUAUCUUCCUAACCAACGGAGGGAUGAAAGCGAAGCUGGGGGACUUCGGAAUCGCAAGAAUGUUGAAUAACACCAUGGAGCUGGCCAGGACUUGUGUUGGGACACCGUACUACCUCUCCCCGGAGAUCUGCGAGAGUCGACCAUACAACAACAAGACGGAUAUCUGGUCUCUGGGCUGCGUCCUGUAUGAACUCUGCACCCUGAGGCAUCCGUUUGAGGGCAGCAGUCUGCGCCAGCUGGUCAGUAAAAUCUGCAGGGGGAGCUAUAACCCAGUACCCAGCCGCUACACCUACGACCUUCGCCUGCUGGUCACCCAACUCUUCAAGGUCAACCCCCGGGACCGUCCUUCAGUCACCUCUGUCCUCAGGCGUCCCUUCUUAGAGAAACACAUCAGCAAACACCUGGACCCACAGGUGAUGCAGGAGGAGUUCAGCCACACGGUGCUGCAUCGAAACAGAGCAGCAGUGUCUCAGGCUGCUAGAAUAAGACCAGGAGCAGCAGAGAAGAAACAGAAGUCCAGAGCAGCAGAGAGGCCCGGGGCCGCAGUGAAGAGACUGUCUGCUAAACCAGACUGGAGAGUCCCAUUCAGAGCCCACACUCCUGCCCACUACAAACCUCUUCAUCAGAGAGCUGCAGAGAGAGAAGCUGCAGGGCAGCAGAACCAGAGGUUUAAUGGACAGCAGCCAGUCGGCCAUUACCAGCACCACUACGCCCAGCUGGACGCCUUCCAGAGGAGGAAAAAGGAGGACGUUCUUCCUCCUCCUCCUCCUCCUCCUCCUCUUCCUCCUCCUCCUCCUCCCCCUCCUCUUCCUCAGGAGAGAGAAAGAGAACGAUGUGAAGACCACACUGUGGAACCAUACCAGCUUGUGGCUGCUGCUCGUAAUGAAUACCUGCAGAGGAGACACGAGGCCAACCAGUACAAGCUGAGAGCAGAGAAACAGCUGGGUCUGCGUCCGUGUACAGCUGAGAGCAACAGGAAGCCCAGUGGUCAGGAGCAGGAAGUGGGACGACCUGAACACCAACAUGCACCUCAGGACAAGAGGCAGGAAGGACAGCAGGAGUACAUGCGUCAGCUGGAUCUCAUCAGACAGCGGUAUCACCAGGAGAUGAGACAGAUGAGGCUGAGAGCUGAAGUAGAGGUACAAAAACGUUAUUCCACUUCAGGCUCCAAUUCAGCAUUCAGGUUUGAUGAGCCUCAGCCACAACACAAACAUGGAACCUUUGUGGUGGAGAAACCCAGAGACCCAGAACCUGAACAGCAGAGAGCUCCACCUGCACAGGACAUCGAAGCAGCUCUGAGGCAGAUCGGAGGGGAGAACAGAGAUCAGAAGAGAGCGCUGGAGAGAAAACACAGAGAAAAGAAAGGAAUCAUGUUUGAGAUCCGGUUAGAUGAGGAAGGGAUGAAAGAGGACGCAGAGAAGGAGAAAGAGGAAGGAAGCAAGGAAGAGGAGGAGAAAGAGUGUGAUGGAAGACAAAAGGAGGAGGAGGAAGUGGACCCUCUGAACCAGACUCUGAGCUUCCAGGAGGGGGAGGAGUUGAAGCUCAGGGAUUGGUCGGAGGUGAGGAGGGAGUGGAGCCAGAGGACUCCUCAGACUCUGCUGGACGCGCUCGCCAACAUGGACGUCAACUCCGUAUACAACACCACUGUCGAGGUUAAACAAGGUGAGGAGGCGGCAGGUCGUAGGCAGUGGGCCGACGACCCCCCCAACACCCUGCUGAACGCUCUUGCUCAGGCUGAACUCACAUCAUCAACUCUGAACUCAGUGACUGCAGAUUCAGAGCCAGAGGAGGACAGAGCAGAAGAGGAGGAAGAGGAGAGGAAGGAGGAAGAGAAGAGGAAGGAGGAAGAGGAGGACUCUGAUGUGGAGAUGGAUGAAGAGCGUCUGGAGCCGAGGUCAGAUGAUGACGACACGAACUUUGAGGAGUCGGAGGACGAGCUGAGGGAAGCGGUGGCAGACUCCAUGAAGAACCUGUUUGUGAUGGAAGACGGGAGCUCGGACAAGGCAGAGCACACAGACGAUGAUGGGAUGGAGGAGAAUGAGGAUGUAGGUGCAGUGAGCGCUGCAGACUCUCAACAGAUCCAGCCAGAGGUUGAGGAUUCACGUGCAGACGUUGUUUCCAAUGAGCCUGAAGAACGUGACGGUCAGUCCGAGCACUCGGACGAUAACACGACUUUAAAUAAGCAGCAACAUGCGACCUGAGUGCUCACAAACAUUCAACCCUUUAUUCUGAGUGACAAAGACAGCGGUAACUUAAGUGUCCCUUCACUUAUUAUUAACUUAAAUUCAAUGUAAUCUACACUGAAAGACUGAUGCAACAAAGAAAUCAUUCUUUAACAGGAUGUUGACAAAGUUGCCUUGUUUAAAUUAGGAGACAGUAGCGUCUACAGUAGUAGUGUCUACAGUCUUCAUUGGUCUAUAAAGAUACAGUAAAGAAGCACAUUAAUGCGUUAACAAGGGCAGUGAAGAAGGCUGCUAUCAAGAAAACAUGCAUGUCAACGAACAGCUGGUGCAGCUAAUUCUCCAGUCGGUGGGGUUUCAGACUGAAUGAUCGGACGAGCACUUUGUUUGAAGCAUACUGAAGCUACAAAAGCAUCUCUGAAAGUCCAGUCUUUAGGUUUCCUAGUCUGUUGAUUUAUAUUUUUUAAUGGAUAAGUCUGGUGUUAUUCUAUAAAUUUCUUGCUGUCAACAAAUCCCAUGAAAAAAACAAAACCAACAAUGUGUUAGUCCGUCUCUCAAUAUAUUUCUGUCCUGUCUCUCAGCCGAUUGGUUCCUACUGAAGACGUUAAUCUUUAAAAACACAAAUAUAUAGCUUCAUUUAAAAAAAUAAAAAAAGGCAAAGUAAUUUCCCAAAACAGCUGGUCGCUGUAGUUUUUAAUCAAACAAACAGGAAGAAAUAGCGCAUUUUCAGUGGCGGAUUAAUCCACAUUUGGUGCUCUAGUGAGUAUUUGGGGCAGCAGGAUGAUGUUUGUGGGAUUAAGUCAAAGUAAACUACAGUGUGUGUGUUCAUGGUAAUGAAGGAACAUGUCACCCAGAGCAACAGUGAGGCUCACUGAUAUGUUUUAAUAGUUUUUGGACAACAAUGGAGCUUUAUGGUAGAGGAAGAAGAUAUAUCAGGCUUCAAUGCACACAAAACUUGUUCUACUUACAUUCACUGAUGGUUUUGGUCUUUUCAUGGGAUUUACUAUUAGUCUUCACUUUUGUACAGAAGAUAGAGUUAAAUGAAAGGUAUUCUUUAAUAAGCAGCAGUACUGUUUGUACCUUUCCUGUGCUAUAACUCUUUCUUGCCACAGGUUGGCAGCACACAUCAAGCAGUGAAUAUGAAGUGUUUGAUGAUUGCAUUUAUUGCAGUAUUGUUUAAGUGGAAUUCCAGUUUCCCAGAGCAUCCUCUUUACAUGGACAUACUUAAAUAGUAAUAAUGCCUCUUUCAAAAUAAAGAUUAUUUAAUUUCA